CAAGACACAUCUCACACAUCAUCGGCUGGUUACCCAAGUCUCCUCAUCUGACAGUUCAGUUGACAUCCAUCCCACUUACACCCACUUCCACCACACACCAAACCUCAAAGCUCAACACCACCACCUCAACCAAACACCACACCCACAACACACACAUCAACCAAGAUGCCUUCCCAAAUCUUCGUCACCGAGCCUCACCCCACCGUGGCACCAAACACCUACAUCUACUCCGGCAGAGGCGGUUUCGGCAACAUCCGCAAGGCGCCCCAGGUCCUCACCCCGGCCACCGGCAUCACCACCCCUCUCAAGCCUGCGCCCAUCCCCGCCGGCAACGGAGGUGCAACCCGUCGCUUCUAUUCUGGCAUUGGCGGCGCUGGCAACCGCCACGAGGCCCCCGAGCGUCCCGUCCGCACCUUUGACGAGGACUUUGACCGCCAGGAGGUUCGCGACCGCGCCGCCGUCGGCCACGUCGGUAUCGGCGGCGCUGGCAACGUCACCCGCCGCGUCUCGGACGCCUCUUCUGUCCACAGCGGCGACUCGGAGGAGUCUGCGUCUACUUCCUCGCUCAAGUCCCUCAAGAACCGCGGCGGCAACUUCUGGCGCCGGGUCACCAAGGCCAACUGAGCAUCUGUACACACCUCUCUUUUUUCAUAUAAUCACAACGGCACGGCGUUAUACGGAAACCAAAAAAAGC